AUGCAGCUGUCACUUCUCCUCGCUGCGUUUUCUGCGCAGGCAGUCCUUGCCGCACCUCGGAUCAAAAGAGACGCCCUCAAAUCAUGUGUGGAGGAGGUCUUUGGAGGGAACGCGGCUCUGCGCAUCGUGACACCGACUGAUCCUACUUACCACGAUGCGAGAAUCGGAGAGGCCAUCCAGUUUACACAGAUGCCAGUGUUGAUUGCUUACGCAGAAAAGCCAUAUGAAGUUGCACCCUUGAUCCAAUGCGCAAAGACGAGUGGCAUCAAAGCAGUCCCCAGAACCGGUGGUCACCACUUCCUCGGGUACUCCGCCCUCCAAGAUGCCCUCGUCAUCGACAUCACCCACAUCGACUACGUCAACAUCGCAGCAGACAAAAAGACCGCCACCGUCGGCGCCGGCAUCCGCUUCGGCGCCCUCUACACGGCCCUCGGCCAGCAAGGCCUCGACUGGACGGGCGGCAUCUGCCCCACAGUCGGCAUCUCGGGCUUCCUCUCCGCGGGCGGCUUCAACAUGCAGAUGCGCCAAAACGGCCUCGGCGUCGACAACGUCGAGUCCGCAAAGGUAGUCACCUCAGACGGCUGCAUCGUAACGGCCUCCCGCGACGAAAACGCCGACCUCUUCUUCGCCAUCCGCGGCGGCGGCGGCGGAUCCUACGGCAUCGUCAUCGAGUGGACGCUGCGCAUGUACGAGUUCCCCCGGUCCGCCAUGGUGUACCUGCAGUGGAACGGCUCCGACACGCGGUUCGAUAUCGCAAAGACGUUCCAUGAGUGGGCGCCCCGCGCGGACAGCGCCCUCAGCUCGCAGGUGAACUUGUACAAGAACCGCACCGACGUGAUUGGGUGGUGCUACGGCUGCACCCUCGACAAGCUGCAGGGCAUGGUGAACGCCUCCGGGCUCCUGGGUAUCGGCAAACCGGCGGCGUACAUCUCGGGCGGGUGCAACACCAUCAACGCCCGCCUCUUCGGCUACGGCGUCAACGAGUGCGGCGCCGACGAGGCCGUUGCGCAAGUCGCGCCGUUUGUCGUCAACACGAUCCAGCAGCCGUUCGUCCAGAUCCCGGGUUACGCAAACUUCACUUACAACGAGACGACAAAAGCGCCCGAGCUACCCCCCGCGCAGCCCUGGGCGCGCUUCAUCCGCCUGUCGAAAUCCUUCAUGGUCCAAAAGGAUAAGCUGCUCACUGACGAGACGAUGAAGAACGCCAUCUCGCGGAUCGACGAGCUCGACGACGCGGCGCAGGGGUGGAUCGAGUGGCACGCGUGGAACAUUUCGGUCGCGGGCGAUGCGGCGUUUGCGUGGCGCGAGCAGGCGUAUUCGCACAUGGAGUUCAUCGUGUCCAGCUCCGCGGAUGAGAAGGUCCAUGCUGGCUAUGUGAAAUGGUUCAAGAGCCUGGAGGAUUACCUACGUCCUCUUGUUGGAAUGGCGAGUUACUCGGGCUACAUGGAUGACACGAUUUCCACCCCUCCGCUUGAUUCGUACUACGGCGCCAAUGUCGCAAAGCUGUCUCAAAUCAAGUCCAAGUACGAUCCCCGGGGCUUCUUCGCGAAUCCUCUGAGUAUCAGAGCUCUCUACCCAAACCAAACGGUGACCGGAGACAGCUGUCUGCAACCCCAAACCAUAAUCUGGCUCAAGACCUCAGACCAGUCCUUUGCAAUCCACAAGUCCCUCCUAGUAGAGUCCUCAAAAUACUUCCAACGCUGCCUCGACGGACCCUUCGCCGAAUCCCACACAAACACAAUCGACCUCAACGACACCGACGACAACGCAGACGGAAACGACGGCGAAGUCAACGUCAGCAUCAGCCCGCUGACCCUAGGCACCUACGUGAAACUAUGCUACUUCACCCGCCUCACGGCCCAGCGCGUCAAACGCUGCCGCCGCAACGCGGCGGACCACCCGGGCGAGGACGCCGUCUACUACGAGGUCUCCCCCUUCUCCCUGAAACCCUGCGACAUGCACACCCCGCACGACCUGACGGAGCUCGUCGACAUGUGGUCCCUCUGCGACCGCUUCCACGACGACCUGCUCCUGGGGAAAGUGUCCACCGCCAUCCGCGAGACGCUCGACGUCGGGGCCACGAAGCUCGGCGGCAGCUGCGGAGGUGGUGAUGCACAGCAGCAACACGGCGCCGAGUGGUGGGUCUUCAACUUCGCCAACGGCUACGUCGCGCUGGCGAGCCUUCACCGGAGGAGAGACGACGACGUCGAGGGGUUGAUGGAGAGGUUGCGGGAUCUGUUUGUGCAAAACUGUUCGCCGGCUUCGUGGGAGAGGCUCGCGGGCCAGUUGCCUAGCGAGUUCGUGGUUGCGGCGUCGAUUGCGUUCCAGGCCAAGAUGGCGACGUUGAUGCCGCACGAGGCGGCGAUUGCAAGGGUCAAUGGGGCGAGUCUGUGUUAUGAGUGUAAGACUAGGGUGCAGACGGCUUUGAAGAGAUGA